CGUUACUGCAGGAAACAUACUUUCACUUUCUGUAUUACUCACUGAUUCUCUAUUGUCAGCACGCAGGGAAAUACAGUAUUCUAUCCAGCACAGUCUGUAUCACAGGAGCCAGGACCACGGAGACUUUCUCUUACCGCAGAGGAACAAUGUCAUGCUCUAAUCUUAUAGUGGUUGGCAUAUUUUCUAGAGAAGAUUACAGCUCAUACGAUUGGCUGACCAACCGCGUGAGGUCUAUUACAGGAGUGAAGGAUGUGCGCAAUAUUCAGAUCACCAACACCUGGUCCCAUUUUACUGCUGAGGUCCCCAAGUGCUCGUUUGCCAUCCUAUAUCACAGCAAGAGGAGAGGAAGGGUAAAUGUCACUGACGUUACAGACAGCCUGUAUGAUGGAGAGCUGAAACACCUGUCAGAUGUAUAUGGAAAGGACAGAGUGGUGGUGGUGAUUGAUGAUCUGACGGACACCAGCGAGGAGGAGAAGACCCGGAUCCUGCAGCUCCAGCCCAGCAUUGGGACCCUGGCCAGCAACCUGUUCCUCUAUAACGAAGAGCAUGGUGACAGUGAUGAGAGGACUCCAUUAAAGUCACCAAAUAAUAAAAGUUUGGAGACACUGAUCAGGAGAGCUGCCAGUAACGACGGUGUACCAGGAAGUAUACGUAAAAGAUGUGUCAUCUGGCUGAUCUUCAUCUCCGCAGUGGUCUUACUUAUUGUGAUCAUUGUUGUCAGCACCCUGCCGAGCGGACACAACGAAUAUCAGAAUGUGACCUCAGUGCCUACAUUAUCCAUCAUCACAUCCACUUACCAUACUCCAGAGUACACCACCCACCUGCCCGGAAAUACCAGCCAAGUGUAAGGAAAUGCCACCCAACUUCCAGGAAAUGCCACCCAACUGCUAGGAAAUGCCACCCAACUUCCAGGAAAUGCCACCCAACUUCCAGAAAAUGCCACCCAACUGCUCGCAAAUGCCACCCAACUGCUUGGAAAUACCACCCAACUGCCGUGAAAUAAUACUCACCUGCCAGGAAAUGCCUCUCACUUGCUGUAAAAUACCACCCACCUGUCGGGCAAUACACUCCAUGUUGCUACACUUGCGCUGACAUGAUAGUGACUGCAGGCAGUGGGGAAACAUCAAUCAUAUGCAACACUGCACAUCUCAGUCCCCCCAAAACGCCACAUUGCUGACAUAUGUACAUCUCUACAUGCACUGCAUGUUCUCUGUAUUCACUACUUACUUAUUUACUAAGGAAAUAUAUAUAUAUAUAUAUAUAUAUAUAUAUAUAUACCAAUAAGGAGAUAUUGUGGGAUCCAGUCAUCCUAUUUAUUAACAUUAUUUAUACUAAAAUAAUGUGAAAAAGGAUGUUUUCUGUUUUUCACACCCUCUUCACAUUAUUUUGGUAUCACCUGAAUGUAUAAAGGGCAUUUGGAGCGGUUUUCAUGAAAAACUGCUCCAAACCCUUUACUUCACUGUUUUGUAGUAAGCCACGUCGCAUUUCCCAUACUUAUAAUUGGAAAUGUGAUGUGACCAGAUUUACUAAAAAAAAUUUGAAAAAAUACCGCAGUGUGCCCUGUGAUAAUCUCGCCAGCUCAGGUCUCAGGGCAGAACUGCGAUGUGCAACCUUUCGCCCAGCUUUCUCUGCCCCCUGGCAGAGAAAGCUGUGCGGGACCCGGCUCCAGUGAUCAGCUCUGUGUGUCCGAUGGACAUACAAGUUGAUCACAGUGUUAAAAAAACAAACAAAAAAAAAGUAAAAAAAACCCAACAUACUCACCUGUCCCGGGAGCCGGUGUCCGCUACUCCGGUGAGCGCUGCCGGGCGCCGGGUCCACAUUUGCUGCAAUUUGACCCCGAUGCAGUAAAGUGAUGCUGCAAAGCGGCAGCGCACUUUACAGCACCGGGGGACACCGCAGCACACAUGAUCCGGCGCCUGACAACCAAGCAGAAGCAGCGCAGACCGGCUGCCUGGACAGGUGAGUUUAUUAUCCCGCUGGGGGGGGUGCCGCGGUGCGCAGGGGUAGUCGCGAUGGGGGGGGGGGGGGUGUUUACAGGGUGGCUGCGGUAGUGGCGAUGUCGGCAGGGUCAGCACAUGCGCAAUAGGCCAUCAGGUUAUUUUUUACGAAAAAUACAAAGAUGAUGCUGCGGAGAGGCAUCGCAGGGACAGACCUUGACUGCGAGCUCUGUCCCUGCAUGCGAUAAUUGAUACGUCCCUGUGAUGUAAUCAGUUUUCGCAGUGCGAGUUUGGGCGAUUUUAUCACAUGACAUCUGCAUCCAAGACACGGAUGGUGAUAAAUAUGCCCCCCUAUAGUGAGCUAUAGAUAACCCAUUCUCUGUUCUGGUACGCAGGUACCUGCUGUAUAAUUACUUGUAUAUAACAGUGCCUGUAUUUGUAUAAUGUACUGUACUAUGGGCCUAAUUCAGACAUGAUCGCUGCUGCACAAAUUCACAAGGUGGAUGAUUAUCGAUCAACUGCGCAUGCGUGAGGGCAAACUGCAAGAAAACCCAGUGAUUUUUUUAGAUCGCUAGGCAUACGCAAGUUAAUUGACAGGAAGUGGACAUUUGGGGGUGGUGAUUGACCGUUUUCUGUGGGUGUCAGGAAAAACGCAGGCGUUCCCAAAUGUUUUCAGGGUGGGUGUGUGACGUCAGCUCCGGCUCCGAUCAGCCUGAUUCUAUUGCACUGUAGGAGUAAGUCCUGGUCUACACACAGACUGCACACACCGGAAAAAACAAAGCGGCGUUUACAAAGCUUUUCGCAUGGCGUAAGCAGACUUGCACGGAGUGGUUACUCUGUCUGGGCGGUGACUAUCCGAUUGCAAGCCUCUGCAAAUUCACAGAGUAGCGAUCAGUCUGAAUAAGUCCCUAUAUUUGGCACUUUCUUCUAUCUCGUAUAUUUAGAAUUAAAUUCAUAUAUAAUCAUUGCUUUAAUCUGUAACAGCUACAUUUAUUUGAGUGCAAAUAUCUCCUGUAAUAAAUCUUGUAAUCAUUAUGUA